AUGCUGUUUCGAAAUCUUAACCUUCCCAGAUUGUGCAACGGAACGCGGUUGCAAGAUACGGCUUCGUGUAAUAAUGUGAUCGAAGCUACAAUUCUUACGGGUCCAGCCGCCGRGGAGCUUGCUUUUAUUCCAAGAAUUCCUUUGAUUCCUUCAGACUUGACGAUCGAGUUCAAAAGAAUGCAAUUUCCAGUUAGAGUUUCUUUCGCAGCUACCAUCAAUAAAUCGCAAGAGCAGACAUUUACAUGUGUAAAAGUUGAUCUGCGUGAAAAUGGUUAUUCGCAUGGUCAACCAUACUCUCUCCWGAACCGGAAAUGUUGUGAUUCAAUUAAUUUUACUGCCGACGACGUAUAA